AUGGAGGGCAAGUACCAGCUCGUGUGUCUAGAGCAGUAUGAUUGUAUCAUCUUUGUCGAGCUCCUGGACAAGCACAAGUACCCAAAAAAAUACAAGAUGAUCGUCAAGCAUAUGAUGCAUGGCCCUUGUGGUGUGCUGAACUCUUGGUGCCCGUGCACAAAGGAUCAUGGGUCAUGCAAGAACCAUUAUCUACGUCUUUUCAAUGUGGAUACCAUGCAAGGCAAGGAUCCCUACCCGACGUACAGGAGACGCGAUGAUGAUCGCCAUGUAACGGUUCAAAAAUACCAGCUAGACAACAUGUGGGUCAUCCCUUACAACUCUUACCUCUUGCGGCUGUUCAACUACCACAUCAAUGUUGAGGUCUGCUCGAGCAUAAAAGUUGUCAAGUACAUGUUCAAGUACAUAUACAAGGGUCAUGAUCGGGUGUCCGUAUCUGUGAAUGAGGCCAACAAUAAUGGCAUCGAUGAGAUCAAGCAGUACAGGGAGGAGGUGCUCGACCGUGAUGAUGCCAUGAAGUCAAUGCUGACAGAGUACUUCGAGUCAAAUAGAGUACAUGAGCAAGCAAGAGACAUCCUCUAUCGUGACUUCCCCGAGUGGUUUACUUGGCAAACAAGGAACAAUAGACAGUUUUGGAAAGUAAGUAAAUGUGAUAGACAAGUCGGUAGAAUUGUGAUGGCCCAUCCGACCGAGGGGGAACGCUACUUCCUCCGGGUUCUUCUGAACCACGUGACGGAUGCCAUAACCUAUGAAGACCUAAGGAUAAUUGAUGGCAAGAUCCUACCAUCCUUCUGUGAUGUCGCGGAGAGAAAGGGUAUGAUUGAGGUAGACAAUACACUAGACGAGUGCCUCACGGAGGCCGAGUUGUUCCAGAUGCCAUCGUCGCUCCAAAGGCUCUUUGCAACAAUAUUGGUAUUUUAUGAGCCCAACGACGUGCGUGGCCUCUGGAAUAGACACCUUGAAGCAAUGUCGGAUGACUACCGUCGCAUCAAUCAAUAUGCACACAUGGUCGAGCAGAAGGUUUUGAUAGAUGUUAGGAACAUGCUACAGACGAUGGGGAAAGAUAUAAGAUCAUUCCCUCUUCCUGAUAUCGAUGAGGCACUUGACAUGGCAAACAGUGUGCCAAGGGAGAUAUUUGAGGAGUCUAUGAUCAGUGUGGACCAUGAGCACACAACCUUAUCUGACUCCCUCAACAUCGAGCAGAGGGUCGUCUACAAUGAGAUUCUAGCUGUGGUUAACAGCGGCGAAGGAUGA